AUGUCGGACUUCAACAUCAAAGAUGUUGACCGACGCCCUGGCAUGUUGGAGGUAUAUCCACCGGUGCCAGGCCUUGACGCUCCGAAUGAUACCUCCUCGCCGCCACGACAGUUGAGCUCUGCGAGUUCCUAUGCGGACAUGAAUUAUCUUUUCGGCGCUCAGGAUCCGAUGUUGGCGCAAAAGCCAAAUCGAAAUCGUCGGAAAUCUACCCAGGGUCUGGACAGCACGAAACAUCGACGUACUCGAUCCGGAUGCUACACGUGUAGAAGUAGAAGGGUCAAGUGUGAUGAAACACGUCCAAUCUGUGACCGUUGUAGGAAGGGCGGGCGAGAUUGCGUCUACCCCGAGUCAUCGACACCUGCAAAGCCAUCUGGAAAUGGCGGGCACUCGAAGCGUGCCCAGGCCUCGAAUCGUGAGAGUCCAGGUUCUUCCUCUGACGAAUACGAGGACGUUUCUGAGCGUACUCUCGCAGCUAUCAAGGACGAAGACCAGCUAACCGCGCAUCUUGCCGAUACAAGAGGAUUAUCUAGUUCACGGCCCAAAGAUUUUAGUCAGAUGUCCAGUGUUCGAAACCCAUCCACCAGAAACAGCUCCGAAACCCCAUCUCUUGUUCAGGAUAAAGCAUCUUCGCCCACACCAUCUAGUGAAGGCUCAACUGGAUAUGCUACUUAUCAAACUUUGGUCGACGCUCGGCUACCUGGGCAAGGCGGCAUAAAUUCUUGCGACAAAGCAGAUUGGGCUGGUUUACCCCAGGACCUGCAGUUCUAUUUGACAUACUUUCAACAGAAUAUUACACAUUUACACUAUUCUCUAAAAUACGAUGCGGAAGAUUUUAUGCGCACACGAUAUUUAGACAUUGCUUUGCAAAAUGAAGCUCUGUUGUACGCUAUCGUGGGCUUUUCGGCCUUUCAACGAACCUUGCGAAAUCCUAACGGAAAGAUUCAGGACUUUCUCCAGUAUUAUAAUAAAUCCGUGUCGCUGUUGUUGAGGUCAUUGAAAAAGGGAGAACGACAUAGCCAUGGGACGAUCCUAGCAAUGUUACAGCUGGCAACGAUAGAGGAGUUUCUCGGAGAUUGGAUUAAUCUACUGGGCCACCAAAAGGCUGCAUACCACAUUCUAACCGAAUUGUAUUCCCCCCAGACAAUCAUGCAAAGUGGGAUGAGCCGAAUAAUCCUUGGGUGGUACAUGCGGUUUGAUGUUUUCGCGAGCCUCAUGGGUGGGUUUGAGACUGUUCUCUCAAGGGAAUGGUUCUCAGAAUCGUUCGAGUAUUUCCACAGCAUGACGAAAACCGAACCAGAAGUGAUACAUUGGAAGAUACAAGCCGUGCUUGCCCAGACCCGACUGCUUGCUACGGAUAUGUCUUUGCUAUUUUCGCAAAUGGGCAAAGGUGAGAUUUCUUUGGCUCAAUUCAACCAAGAAAACGAAAAACUGGGUUCUAGGAUCAGUGAUUGGAGAUCAAAGAUCGAUCCCGCUCUGGUGGACAGUCGUUACGCUGUCGUUGACUUUACGGGUGCUCCUACUCGUGAUCCCAAUGAUAUAGUUGACCCAUAUAUACCAGGGGUCCUAUUUAGCGGACCACUAUGGGCGAUGAAUGUGGCGGUGCUCGAUUGGCACUCUGUUGAUCUGAUGCACCGGUACCAAACGUCCAUGAUAACGCAAAGUCAACCCGAUAUCGAGGUUGUUCGAAAAGCAUACGAAAGUUGCCAAUUGUUUGAAGCCAUGGAACUAUCGCCGAGUAGCCCGCCAGGUAUUAUUCUAGCAUGUCAAGCAAGCUUGGGUAUAUCCUGUUUGUUUCUACCGCGGGACGAGAAACAUGCCAUGUGGGCUCGUCGUAAACUUGCUCUGAUCGAAAGAAACGGAUAUAUAUAUCCAUAUACAUUUCGAUCGAAGAUGGCAGAUCUCUUUAGAGAUCAAUCCUGCAUGCACUGGUGGUUACCUAACGAUGAAGGCUACCCUUCCAUCGUGCGUAACAUUCGUAAAUUCGUGGAGGAGCGGUCCUCAUCUCCGAAAGAUAUGCCUACAGAAGAUUUGCGCGAUAUGAAAGCUAUAUUCGAAAAACUCAAUCUCGUUGAGGGGGCAACUUCUAGUAGCAGUGUAAAUUAG